AUGUCCCCCUCACUUGUGUUGGCAUCAGGACUUCUGCCAGACUCGUGUUGGCAUCAGGACUUCUGCCAGACUCGUGUUGGCAUCAGGACUUCUGCCAGACUCGUGUUGGCAUCAGGACUUCUGUCAGACUCGUGUUGGCAUCAGGACUUCUGCCAGACUCGUGUUGGCAUCAGGACUUCUGCCAGACUCGUGUUGGCAUCAGGACUUCUGUCAGACUCGUGUUGGCAUCAGGACUUCUGCCAGACUCGUGUUGGCAUCAGGACUUCUGCCAGACUCGUGUUGGCAUCAGGACUUCUGCCAGACUCGUGUUGGCAUCAGGACUUCUGCCAGACUCGUGUUGGCAUCAGGACUUCUGCCAGACUCGUGUUGGCAUCAGGACUUCUGUCAGACUCGUGUUGGCAUCAGGACUUCUGCCAGACUCGUGUUGGCAUCAGGACUUCUGCCAGACUCGUGUUGGCAUCAGGACUUCUGCCAGACUCGUGUUGGCAUCAGGACUUCCACCAGACUCGUGUUGGCAUCAGGACUUCUGUCAGACUCGUGUUGGCAUCAGGACUUCUGCCAGACUCGUGUUGGCAUCAGGACUUCCGCCAGACUCGUGUUGGCAUCAGGACUUCUGCCAGACUCGUGUUGGCAUCAGGACUUCUGCCAGACUCGUGUUGGCAUCAGGACUUCUGCCAGACUCGUGUUGGCAUCAGGACUUCUGCCAGACUCGUGUUGGCAUCAGGACUUCUGCCAGACUCGUGUUGGCAUCAGGACUUCUGGCAGACUCGUGUUGGCAUCAGGACUUCUGCCCGACUCGUGUUGGCAUCAGGACUUCUGCCAGACUCGUGUUGGCAUCAGGACUUCUGCCAGACUCGUGUUGGCAUCAGGACUUCUGCCAGACUCGUGUUGGCAUCAGGACUUCUGUCAGACUCGUGUUGGCAUCAGGACUUCUGCCAGACUCGUGUUGGCAUCAGGACUUCUGCCAGACUCGUGUUGGCAUCAGGACUUCUGCCAGACUCGUGUUGGCAUCAGGACUUCUGCCAGACUCGUGUUGGCAUCAGGACUUCUGCCAGACUCGUGUUGGCAUCAGGACUUCUGCCCGACUCGUGUUGGCAUCAGGACUUCUGCCAGACUCGUGUUGGCAUCAGGACUUCUGCCAGACUCGUGUUGGCAUCAGGACUUCUGCCAGACUCGUGUUGGCAUCAGGACUUCUGUCAGACUCGUGUUGGCAUCAGGACUUCUGCCAGACUCGUGUUGGCAUCAGGACUUCUGUCAGACUCGUGUUGGCAUCAGGACUUCUGCCAGACUCGUGUUGGCAUCAGGACUUCUGCCAGACUCGUGUUGGCAUCAGGACUUCUGCCAGACCCGUGUUGGCAUCAGUACUUCUGCCAGGACUGA